UUUUUAAUUAAUUGUAUUGUGCUUGUGCAAUUGCGUUAAUAAAGCAAUUUACCUGGUGUAAAAAUAUUAGUGGUCUAAAAAAAACAGGCUAGAUCUGUACUAAACCUCUGACUAUUGUUAACUGAGCAUAAAAAUAACCUGUGAUUGCAUGAUCAGAUAGAAAUUGCAGAUUCAUUGGAGUUCUCUGUGUUACGCAAUUUGGCUUCGACUUGCGUUUCUCACAUUUCUAUUUUCUAGUUGUUUGACCUAAACAUCGUCUAGUCAAAAUGUCAAUCCCAUGGCCAAUGGUUGGAGCAGUGGCAUUGCCUCUAGCCUCAGGUUCUCUCAGUGGCUACCUGGUCAGAGAAGGAACGCGGCAUUGGUACGAGUCAUUGAAGAAACCAGACUGGAAGCCACCUAAGAUAGCAUUCUCCAUUGUGUGGCCAGCCUUGUACUCGGGAAUGGGCUACGCAUCUUAUCUGGUGUGGAAGGAGGGUGGAGGCUUCCAUGGUGCUGCCCAGCUACCGCUUGCGGCUUAUGGAACUCAGCUAGCUCUCAAUGUUGCCUGGUCUCCGAUAUUCUUUGGGAAAAAAUCAAUAAAAGGAGGUCUUAUCACCAUAGGACUACUGGACGCAGCCGUUGUUGCCACGACCUAUAUGUUCUAUCAGGUUACGCCCACAGCUGCCUACAUCAUGCUGCCGUACCUGGCAUGGCUAGUGUACGCAACUGCGCUCAAUCACAGAGUCUGGCGUGACAAUCCCCGUCCCUCCAUCACCGAAGUCAAGGGUCAGUAGACGCACUUCAGGCAUUAUCAGUAGAACUCCGUUCAGGAAGUAAUUAAACAAUCUCUGACCUCUUUUAGAAGCUUUUAUUUGCAUCGCAUUUUUUUAUAGUAACCACAUUCCUUUUAAAUGGUUUUUUCCUACGAUGUUAAACGUAUUGUCCCGUCUUUUGUGCUUGUAAUAAUUUUCAUCACAUAUAUUUUUAUGGAUUGUGUAAUAUUAUUCAUUGUAACAGGGUAUUGUUGUUAAAUGUUUAUGCUUACCAAAGAUUGUAGGUUGCUAUCAAAGUUGUUAAUCUCUAUGGCCUCGAUGUAUUAUUAGUCUAUUAUUGUCUUAUAUUUUUAUAGUUUAAAAAGUUAUUACAAAAAUGUUAAAAGUUGUUAUAUAUUAUAAUUAUACGUUGUUAUAUUUUUCUUCUGUUACUGUAAUACACAGUUAAAUAAUUACUGUGGACAUUAUAAAUAAUAUGUUAAUUCUUGACAAUGAAUUAAAGAUGUAAUCACUUCA